CUUUAUUAAUUCUUACAUCCAAUCUAAGUAUGUCUUUCCACGACAGUAUACAACUUCUUUAUUCGUACUCACUAAAAACGUAAUUUUUUUUCCAUCUCUUCCACGAGCAUUACUCCUAAUACCAAGCAAUAGUUGUGAUUAUAGGCAAUUCACUAGUCCGCCUGCUCAGUCUUCCUCGGCUGAUUUAUGUAUCCUUGCAUGUGUUCCCUGAUUCCUCUUUGUGUCCUCUAUUACUUGUCUGCAUAGUAGUUUCUCCUUCCGUCUUCCAUUCGCUGCCCAUGUAUCCUACUUCGUGCACGUGAUCAUGCGCUGUAUAAAUCAUACGUUUCGGUUUAUCGUUUUUAUCACGAACUUUCCAUGGUUUUUAUUCCCUAUAACCAUUGCUAUAACAACGCGCACAGACGCCACAGUUAAGCCUCGCGAGAUAAGACGAUGUUUCACUCAGCCAAUUACAUUUUGCGUUUCAAAUCGCCUCUGGGACGUUUUGAUUAUACUUAAUUUUAUCUUUCAGCCACUAAUCGAAGUUGGAAACUAUGGACGCUACGCCAAUCCGACGAGGGACCCCGAAGCCACUUGAGCAGCAACACUCAGACAAGUGAGGAUGAGAAUGGGCAUAAGUGUUCUACUUGAAUCAUCAGUUGAUAUUUAUAAAUAUCAAUAGAAAUACCAUUCAGAUCCAAUUAGUCUUGAACAUUAAUUAUUUAAGAAAACAACCAUGACUACUGACCAUGGAAAUACAGAGGAGGCUCACCAGACUAUAAUUCUUGCACGCAUUGCUGCUUCUUAUUUUGAGAAGUUUGACCGCUAUGACCUCCAGGAAUUGCUUGCAUAUUCUUCUACAAAUUGGAUGCUUAGCAGUGAAGACUUCCGAUUACCAACUGACCAACCUGUUGGGCUAAUAAGUUCUUUAACCCUAAGCCAGUCCAACUGUGCUGUGCUAUUACUGCCGAAAGAUCCAGACAUUCCCCCUCUCGAUUAUCGCGAGCUGCAUCAUAUUGUGCGAGAACUGACAUAUGGUAUUUACAUACUAAAUCAGACACCCAUCAUCUCCAUGGAGGCCAACAAUGACCAGAGUACUUCAUGCCAAUUGCCUCCAGCCUAUCAAGACACCAGCAUUGGUCAGAUUCUUGCAAAUGUUGAUUACAUGAUGAAAUGUCUUUGGCAUGGAGCCUUUAUGCCUAAAGACAAACGAGUUAAGUUUUCUGAGCGGUGGCGAUCUAACUUAGAUGUCAAUCACAGUGGAAAGCCAGAAACCAAGAAGCUACUUUUGACUGAAUUUACAAGUGCAGGACUGUAUGAUAUUACCAAGGAUCCAGACUUUACUGACAUCUACAGUAAAUUACCACCCGAACAACCCCGAGAUACCGAGGUGAUCGAAGAAAGAAAAUUCUUCAUGCAGCAUGUGGAAGAUCUCAGAAUGCACAUGAUCUUUUUUCAAAGGAGCGUCAAAUACUAUAAAGACAUGUUUAUGAUUGAUGCUGAUUUCACUGUGGACAGUGCAGUGAAGUUGUUGGAUGACCAAAUAGAUCGCCUUGGCUAUGAGCGUUUGAAAACAAGACUUCAGAUGCAUGAAGAAGUCAUUCAAGAAAACCUGCCUAAAAAAUUAGAGAUAAGGCGUCAACUGGCUCUUCUAAAGUUCAUCAGCUACAUGAUUCCCUUUCUCGUGGGAAUGAGAAAACGCAUGAAGAUUCCUGAUAUUUCUCGUCUUCUUCCACCCAUUCCAGGUGAUGAUUUCCGAACUGAAAGAGAAUUUCCACCUUUGAUAUUAGGCUCUGAUUUCAAAUGCAAAAAUUUCUUCUUUGGAGACCAGUACUUUCAUCUUCAUGGGGGCAUCAGCUUUGACCUUGAAACUGACCCCCUUCAAGAAGUAACAGAAGGGUUAAACUUAGAUGACAUAAACAACCAGAUCUGCACAGAGUCUGCUGUCUAUCUCAAUAAACUUCUUGACCAUGAAUUGAUCAUGCAAGAUGGAUGCAAAAUUCCGACCUAUGAUAUCAAUGGAAAGUGGUAUAUGGCAGUGUUAAUAAACUUUGAGCAGUAUUAUGGUAGUACCCCUCAGAGACCACUGUGGGUGCGAGCAUUCCAUGAAGAGAUAGCCAAGUUGAAGCCAAAAAAGCUGCCAAUCUCAGAUGAUCAUAUUAUGGAGCAGCUUAAGAAGCACUUUGGUCACAAGAAAGCCCUGAAGUACAAGGCACCAGUUUAUGGGCUCAAGGCAACAGCACAGCACGGAAUGGUUGCUAUAUUUCAGGCCCAGAACCGCAAGAUGCAAGGAUCUCGCCUUGGGAAGCAAGAUGACAGGGGCCUGUCAUACAUUCAUCAUGCAGCCAUCAACAACCAGUCCCAUAUCAUAAGUCUCUUGCUGGUGCUGUCCAUGGAUGUAAAUGCACGCCGCAAUAACAUUCUUUCAACAGUGAAUCUUCGGAUUGGUCCCACUUCACUGCACAUGGCUGUUCGCUGUGGAUCACUUGAUGCAGCAGCAUGCUUGCUGGCUAAUUACGCCAACGUCUUGGCCACAGACCAGGAUGGCUGGGCCCCUAUCCACCAUGCUGCAUUCUUUGACCAUCAGAUAAUCAUCAACCUCAUGAUUCGCAAAAACUGUGGCCUUCUGGAACUUACUACUAAGAACGAACUGAAGUCAACGCCACUUCUUCUGGCUGCAAGUUCUGGAGCACUGAAAGCCUUGAAGUGCCUAACAUCCCUGGGCGCAGAUAUCAGGCGCCAGGAUGGCCAAGGCAACAAUAUUGUUGAGCUUGCCUCCAUGAGGUUCCAUACUAACAUCCUGGAGUUCCUCAUUGAAUGGAAUCACCCUCAUGUGCCUGUAUGGAGGAUUCUUGUGGACAUGAUGAAGGAUUCUAACAUGAAGAAAAAGGACUGUGCUAUUAAAUGUCUUGAGGUGCUUUCCACAACCAGGCCUGAUUACUGGCAAUUUAUUCUAGAGGCAGGUGGUGUGCCGGCACUAGUGGAGAUGAUGACAAUGGAUAUUGAAGAGAUGCAGUCUGUAUCUGCUUCAGUCAUCUGCAACAUUUCAGAAAAUAAUGAUGUCCGCCUGGCAUUGACUGAUGCAAAUGCCAGCCCCAUUCUCAUUAAACUAUUGUCUUCAGAGGUGGAUGACACACAGUCACGAGCUGCAAUCAUCUUGUCUGACAUGGCCUGUGUUGAAGGAAACCAGGAGAUAAUAGCCAGCAAUGGGGGAAUCAAACCUCUGGUUGAUCUCCUGGAUUCUGAACUUGAGGAUGUCCUGGUGAACACAGUCAAUGCCAUACGUGUGCUGUGUAUCAACAAUCCUGCCAACCAGAGUGAAGUGGGUGCCUCUGGGGCGCUGCAACCUCUUGUGGAAUUUCUUACAAUUACUUCAGAAGAUUUGCAAGCUGGCACAGCUGCUGCCAUUGCUGCUGUCUGUUCUGGGCACAGGGAAAAUCAAGAUGCUGUUAUGACUGAGGGGGCUGCCAAGCCCUUAGUGGAUCUGAUUCGUAGCAGUCGCAGCAUGACAGUACAGCUCAAGGCAGCUAAUGCUCUAGAGGCCCUUGCCUCAAACAACCCCAACAGCCAGGGCAUCUUUCUGGAGCUCGAUGCUCCUAAGGCUCUUAUACGACUCUUGAAAAAUAUCUACACUGAAGUCCGUGAGCAAGGUGCCUGUGCUCUGUGGGCACUAGCUGGACACACUAAGACACAACAGAAAUACAUUGCUCAGCGGAUCACCAUUCCUCACAUUAUACAGAUGCUACUUGAACCCACGGAGAAGUUGCUUUAUGUUGGCUGUAUGACUGCCAUUGCUCUUGGUUGUGAGAAUAUGGAGAAUCAGAACAAACUGGCUGAGGCCGAAGCCUUCCAGCAGUUGGUGCGUUUAAUACGCUCACCCAAAACCUCCAGAAGUGUGCUUCUCAUGGUCAUAAAAGUCCUGGGCAUUCUCUGUGUUGGUGUGGCAUACCGCAACAACAAGAUAACGCAGUGGCGGAUAGCAGAGGAGGGAGGUAUCCCAAUCCUGGUGCAGAUCCUGCUGAACCCUCCUUCAGAAGAUGUGCAGGUGGAGGUGGCCAUCUCUUUGGCUUGCAUUGUUCUUGGCAGUGAGAACCAGGAAAGGCUUCUGCAAGUGCCAGGUUUUAACUUUGACAUCCUCCUGAACUUGCUCAAGUCCCAAAACAAGGACAUUCAGCUGCAAGCAGGCAUGGCACUGACCAUCUUUGCUUUCAACAACACACCAAAACAGUUUGCCAUCAGAGAAGCUGGGGGAAUUAAAUUCUCUGUAUUUGAGCCCUUCAUAAACUCAAAUAAUGAAUUUCAUCAGUGCUACUCUGCUUUCCAGGUGGUAGUUCUAGCACGAGUCAUCGUGGACCAGGAUCAGGUCUUGCUGACUGCACGUGGCAUCACCAUUUUGGUGAAGAAGCUGCUUUCAACAGAUGACAAAGUGCUGGUAUUAGCAUGCAGUCUUCUCUCUAGUCUUGCUCACACCAGGGCAGGCAUUCCUGAUGCAAUGAUUACUUCAGGUGCAAUAGAAUUUCUUGUAGAACACCUAGACUCCCUAAACGAUCAGGUGCGCAAUGCAGCAGCCGUUACCCUUGGUUAUCUGACUUUCAACAAGACUGCUGCACGGAUCCUGUUUUCCACCUGUCGCAACAUGCCAGGGCUCUAUAGCAAGCUGAUUGAUAAUAUUGGGGUAGAUCCUCACAUCAGCCCAGCCUUUGUCAAUGACUUUACACAGGCCAAGCUUAUAGGACUGCCAUGUCAAUGUCUGGAAUAAAUGGAGGACAUCCUAUUCAGACACCACAUAGCAGGUCAGCACGGUCAACACAGGAAGGUCAGAACCAAAGGGCUGUUUCUGCACCCUCCAAAAGGUCAAUCAUACCCAGCAUCGUUGUUCAUAAAGUGAAAGCUGUUGACACAAUAGGCAUUAGGCAGCCUGGUGGUGGUAGACGCCCACAGACAACCUCCAAUGCUCAACCAAGGAAGUUAAGACUGCACCUAGACAAAUGACUUGUCUAGUAUUGCAAGUUGUCUACACUAAACAGCUAUAUUUUGUGUGAUAUUAUUUCUGAGAACUUGCAUAUUCUUAUUGCUGUUGUGCUCAAACUGCUAUUUGAGGCAAAAGGACAUUUUAGGGUGUUAUAUGUUGUUCAUGGGCUUUUCAUUCAAAUGCAGUAUUUUUGUGAUGAGAAAUCUUUAAUAAAAUAGAAUUCUUAUACCAGAAAA